AUGAAAAAAGGUGAACAUGCGGCACUAUAUGAACAUAAAAAGGAACUUAUUGUAGUGAGAUGGAAGGAUAAUGCAAACGUCACUGUGCUUUCAAACCAUUCCUUUAUCAAACCGUUUUCAAAAGCAAAACGUUACGAUCGAACUCAAAAAAUGAAUGUGGAUGUCGACGUUCCACGACUUAUAAAGGAAUAUAAUUUGGGUAUGGGAGGAGUGGACCUCGACAAUGCAUUAGCAAAUUAUUGUGUUGGAAUUCGGGGAAAAAAAUGGUGGUGGCCUCUUUUUACAAACACUUUAUCCAACAUGUUGGUCAACGCAUGGAAAUUGCAUUGCUUGGUUGCAAAGUUUGAAAACACCACACCCUUGUCGCAAUUACAAUUUCGAUCCCAAGUAGCUCGGGAACUCUUGUUGCCAGAUAAACUUGCUGAUACACAAAGUAGUGCUUGUAGAAGUAACACCAAAUACUGUGAAAAUACGGAAACUAAACAUAUUCUCAGUAAAAGAAUAGAUGGCACUCCACCAAGGCAAUGCAAAGUAUGUUCAUCAAAAACGCCAUAUAUUUGCAAAAAAUGUGACAUUAAUUUACAUCCAAAAUGUUUCGAGAAAUAUCUAAAACAUAAAUAA